AUGGAGGUCGCCAUUAUCGAUUGGAAAACCAUAAACUCCAGUUUCGUGAAAGACGAUCUCUACGAGAACAUCAAUGCUCCUCGGUGGGUCGAUUUCGAAGCUCCCCAAGAAUCUGUAGAUGAUGAAGCUUGGUUCUGUAGGCCUGAUUGUAACCAUCCGAAGACGGUUGAAGAUUUUCACAAAGAACUGCCCAAUUCAAAGAGACCUGCUACUGUGUCUGAGAUUCUUCCAUUGAGUGAUCCAAAUACAAGAGAUGCUGCAUUGAAGAAAAGAGGGUUCACUCAAACUUCAUUUUCAUCAAAGAAAGAUUCAAGACAUGAUACAGUACUCGAAGAUAGCGAGAAUCAAAACCCAAAUUUCUCAACGCCACCAAACCGCAAAGCUAAUAAAUUCAUAAAAGAAGCUUUCGAUUCAAGUAUAGAGAAGAGAGGGGUAGAUGAUUCGUUACACAAGGAAGAGGCGCCGAGGCUGAAAAGUACACUAUCAGCACGAAAUUUGUUUGCAGGGAGGGAUAUACUGAAUCAGAUAACAGAAUUUUGUAAUGAGUUGAAGAGAUUGGCGACAAGGGGAAAGGAUCGAGGGAAUGUGAAGAGCCCGGAAAUAAUGCAGAAACACAAGGCGAAGGACCAAUUAGGUGAAAGAUUGAGGGAUUUGAAUGAGAGAGAGGAAAGGAAGCCAUUGCUAGUGGUGAGAAAAGAGAAAUGUGGAGCAAUGGAGAAUAGUAAUGUCAAGGAGAAGCAGAAACAGGAGGUGAAGGAUCGUUUAGGUGAGAAUUUGAGUGAUUUGGAUAAUAGGGAGGAGAGGAAGCCGUUGCUAGAGGCGAGUAAAGAGAAAUGUGAGACAGUGGAGAAAAGCAAUGCCAAGCAGAAGCUGAGGAGGAAGAAAAGAGAUGAUGAAGCAGAGAACACCCCAAUCUAUGUGGACUUGAAGAACAUAAAGGGUAAAGGGCAUGCAAGCUUGUCCCAAAUUCGGACUUGUCCUCCUUCACCUCAAUGUUUUUCAGCCAUCCGUGACCCCGCCAAAGCCACCCCACCCAAGGCUUUCAGGUCUAGACCACCUCAGGAAGGGGGAAUACUUCAAGAGGUGGACCAGAGCAAGGGGAUCAGAGAGAAACUUGGCGACGAGGACAAUCAUGGAAGAAGUAUUGAAAAGGAGGAAAAAACUUUUGAUGUUUUCUGGUUCUUGAAGCCUUGCACGCUUUCGAGCUAAGAUGGCUAAACAGUAAGCAAGAAGCACAUCAUUCUUCAUUUUUUUUCAAUUUAUAAUCUUCAAUCAUUUCUUCUUCUUUUUUCUCCUUACACAUAUCAUUUUUUUGGCUGGAAUUAUCCAUAACAACUCAUGGAUUCAUUCAAUUGUUGUACUUGCAACAGUUUGAAUCAAUAAAUAGUUCUGCUCUUUAUCAGCCUUUUCA